AUGUCUGAAGUAAACAACGCAUGGAAGCUAAGUGCAGCAGGGCGGAUCGCGGAAUCAAUUGUAUUUUCCUGCAAAAAAUUCUGUGCUUCGCCCUGGUUCCUCGUAAUCUGUCUCGCGAAUGGUGCAUCAGCCAGCCUGAACUGGAACCUUGGGCAACGGAAUUCUAGUCUGGCUGGGUGCAACGAGCCCGAGAAAUGCGCCGCCUCCCCGUUCAUCUACUACAGCUGCUGCAACGGAUCCUGCUGCAGCCAUUUCCAACCGAUUGUCUGGAUUGCAUGCAUUCACUUCUUGUCCAAGGCAUCGCAGUUGUAUAGCUCCAUAUAUAUGUAUGUCGCCAGAAUAUCGAUCAGUAUGGGACGCAUCUACUAUCUCCGUAUUGAAGCCUACCGCUGUCGCUUGAGAAAUGUCUGCAACGCCUCCGGCCAGUAUUGUGCAUUCGAUUUCUCGCCUCGCGAAUCACGGUUGGAAGGCUGUUCACCAAAUCUGCAGCAACAGUGCAGGUCGGAUUACCUCGCGUACUACACUUGCUGUCACGGGGAUUGUUGCAUUCAUCUGCAGCCUAUACCUUACGUCUUCUUAUGCAUAGUAGUCUUCCUCUUCAUCAUCGCGGUUUGCUAUGGCUGCUGCAGUUUGGCCUGCAAUUGGUGCUGCUGCUGCCGGCAGAAGCAAACAGGACCUCAUCUUCCCUACAGU